CUUGCCUUUCCCUUCCCUAAGCUUUGUCUGAAGGCUUAAUCUAUCUAUAUGCAGUAUUCCACCGUGAGCAGCUUGUUUGUGUACAACAGAGACUGGGGAAGGUGAAGCGGGAGAUAUAAUAGCAUUGUCCGGAGAGCAGUGGAAUGUGAGGGCAUCUGGAUCAAUAUGUUCCUUCCCUCUGCUCGCAGGCACCUCCCUCAGCUCUCUGAAGACCUCUCACUCCCAGCUUCUCCCUGACCAGUCUGGACACUCAGGCGUUCAAGAUGUCCACCUUAGUGUGACCAGACUGCUUGGCCCAACCUAACCUGCCUCUGCUGAUUGGCAUAGAGAAUGGCAAAUGAACUAUUAUGCGGACUGGUCUUCCGUUUCCUCCUUCCAUGCUGCUUACUGGCAGCAAUUUGCAUCCGCUUCAAUGGGUUCUCCGUCAUCUAUUUUGUGUACCUGAUGCUUAUCCCUCUUCUAUCAAAACCAACCUACGCUACAAUGAAAGGGCACACUGGAAAAUUCCUAAAGUCUAUAUACUAUACCAGCUUCUUCUUACUCCUCACACAGUCCUCUUUCCAAAUUGCAUUCAGAUACGUUCCUCCGAAAGAUUACCUCUGGGAAGAAAUCCUGAAACACUUUGGAAUUGUGAGACUCAGCAAAGUAGAUGCUUGGAACAUAGUCCGCUUGCUGGCCUCGGAUAUUGGCCUCUUAUUUUCUGGAUACUUUAUUCGACGGGCCUGUAAAAAACUAGUACGGUCGGGGGCUCCUAAAAUCAGUGUCCGUGUAAGCAGUGAGGAGGAGGAAGAAGAUGAGGAAUCGGAGACAGAAAGUGAGACGGAAGACAGUGAGAACGAGACUGACUUUUACACAGAUGAAGAUACUCUGGAUAAGGACAUACACGAUACUCGAGCAAAAAUCAUUGAGAAGUUUACGGCCUUUGUCUCCGGAAUGAAAAUUUUGUUUGAGGCUCUGUUUACAACAGCAGGAAAAGUAGUGGUUACUCUUCUACUUGGCCUGUCAGGUAUAAUUUUACCUUCUGUCACCUCCGCAUUGUAUUUUGGCAUCUUCCUGUUUUUGUGCUCCUGGUGGGCGUGUAACCGUAGUGUAAGCCUGGUGGUUUUCAGCAGUCUGUGUGUCAUGGCUGCCAUCUUUAGCGCUGGUCACUUGACAGCCCUCUAUUUAUACCAGCUCCCUUACUUUCAAGAAGUAAUCCCACCUCAGGAUUUGUUUGCAAGGCUUUUCGGGAUGACCGCAGUUAUCAGGACCAAUGAGACAGAAUCGUGGAUGAUCCAUCUUCACCAGGAUCUGCAUUGGCCAGUUUUCACAAACCCAUUUAUGCUGCUAGUUUUAUAUUAUACAUUGGUCAUGUUGCUGCAGCAGUGGGCUCAACUUCCAGUGGAAGAACCUAUACCUGAAAAAGAAAUCUCCCCUACAGAUGAUCCCCAUGUGGAUGGAAUGAUGUGGACCUCAAAUGCUGAACAGCCUGAAUAUGUCAUGCAAAAUGGGUGGCAAGAAUUGCCUCUGCUUAAGUGUGAAGUACAACAAGUGCAUACUGAUUUCUCUGUGCCCAUAUACCUGGAAGAAGAGAUAAAAACAAUGGAGUCAGAGAAGGAGGAGGAAGAGACCGCUCAAGUAGAGCCAAAGCCCAGUGGAAUUGCAGUUCUUGGCCAGUUUAUCAUGAGGCAGAGCUAUGUCAGUGCCUUGAUUGUCAUGAUGAUUUGGAGUAUCACCCACAACAGCUGGCUGACCUUUAUCUUGUUAAUAUGGUCGUGCAUAAUCUGGAUGACACGGGAUCGUCGCCGUUACGCCAUGUUAAGUGCUCCGUUUUUGGCUGCAUAUGCAAACAUCUUAGUGGUCCAAAAUUUUUUUGUGGGUCUCAAAAUCUCCCAAGAAGAGUUGUUCCCUGGAAUACCCACUGCCGUCCUUAUCGACUUCGACUUGAAGCCAUAUCCUAUGCCAUGUGUUCAUCUUGGACUAAAGAUCUUCUAUGCUUUUAUCUUCUGGACAUUGUUAAGGCAAAAUCUAAAAGAGAGAGAACAGGAAGAAGAGAAAGAAUCACUUAAAGAGGUUCUGGUGGAGAAAAGUGAAACCGAGGAACCUCCAAAUGCAUUCAUGGAAAUGGUUGGCUCCUUGGUGCGGGGAACACUGGUGAAGUACUGGAUUUACUUUUGUGGUGCCAUGUUUUUUGUCAUCAGUUUUAGUGGCAAGGUGGUGGUGUAUAAGAUCCUCUAUAUUGUGCUUUUCCUGUUCUGCGUGUCUUUGUACAAGAUCCAUUAUGACUGGUGGAGAAGAAUCCUAAAGUAUUUCUGGAUUGCAGUGGUUUCUUACUCUAUGGUGGUUCUCAUUGCUGUCUACGUCUAUCAGUUCAAGACCAUCUCUGGAUUUUUCCUUCAGAUUCUUGGAAUGUCAGAAGAGGGACUAAGAGACCUGGGUUUGGAGCAGUACAGCACGGUGGAGCUGUUUGCGGGGAUAUUGCUUCCAUCCUCCUUCCUCCUGGCUUGUAUCCUUCAGCUUUACUACUUCAACGAUGACUUCUUGCAGCUAACAGAUCUCAAUAACAUCCCAGUGAAUGAAGGAGGCAUUGAUGACAGCAAAAAGAAACUGGAGAAUCGUGUCCUAAUUUUGGCCAACAUGAUAAAAGGAAACCUUAGCAAUCUGAAGACCACUUUAGAUACUGAUAAAAAGAAAAGUUCAAGUCAGUGCACACUGGAAAAAAUUGAUAACAUUACGGAGGAUGGAGAUACGACAGAGGAGGAUCCACAGGCUUCUGAUAAAAAUCCAUGGAUGUUAGUGAUUGACAAGCUAACGUCUUUGCUGCUGACACUGCUAAAUUUUAUUCACGAUGUCCAAGUGCUUCUGUGGAGACUACUGGAAUUGCAUAUCAUCAAGAUCGUCUCCAUGAUGGUCAUCUGGAUCACACUCCAAGAGGUAUCUCUGAUGAACUGCCUCUUCUACAUGCCUUGGGUGUUUGCCUUGCCAUACUCAUACCUCCGUCCAUACGCUUCAAACAUCUCCACGGUGUGGUCCUGUGUCAUGGUCAUCUGCAAAAUGAUGUAUCAGCUUAAGUUUGUCAAACCACUGGAGUUUUCUUCCAAUUGCACUGAGGGCAUGUACCACAAUGGAACUCUCUACAGCCCAAUCUCAAAAGAGCUGCUACAGAAAUCUAUACUAUAUAUUGCCCCUGUAGACCCAGCUCUGUGGUGUGGAGGACUAAGAAAAUGUGCAGAUAGUGUUCUACCCUGCCUCCAGAACCAUCUGACUGUUCUUGCUCUGAUGGCUAUCGAGUCAACUGUGUAUCGACACCAGCUCUAUUAUCGUGUCCACAACAAGCUCACUACCCCCAUCACUGGAAGCAUUUUUGACAACAUCACCCGCCUGCAUCUUGAUUAUGGUCUUGUCGACUGUUUUAAAUAUUUUGUCAAUUAUUUCUUCUACAAAUUUGGUCUUGAGGUUUGUUUUGUGAUUGCAGUAAAUGUUAUUGGCCAGCGAAUGGAUUUUUAUGCAGCCUUGCAUGCUGGCUGGCUGCUGUACUUGCUAUAUUUGCGUCGGAGAAAGACUAUUGCAGAAGUCUGGCCAAACUACUGCUGCUUCAUAGCCAGUAUUAUGACUCUCCAGUAUUUACUCUGCAUUGGCAUUCCUCCAGCAUUCUGCACAGAUUACCCAUGGAGGACGCUGCAACUAAAACCCAGCUCAAACCUUAUCAAGUGGCUGUAUCUUCCGGACUUUGCCAGACGGCCCGAUCCAGGAUUUAUAUUUUAUGAUGCCAUGCUGCUGCUCCUUGCUUCUCUACAGUGGCAGGUAUUUGAGGAUGAGAACUUGGCCUGUGUGCGAAUGCUAGCUGGUGAUAACAUUGAGAUUAGUAGAAACUUAGAUCCAGGAGAUCUGAGCCAGUAUAGCCCUGUGCCCAACUUCCUUCACUGCAGGUCCUAUCUGGAUAUGGCUAAAGUGGUGAUAUUUAGUUACCACUUCUGGUUUGUGCUGUGUUUAAUUUUUAUCACUGGUACAACCCGCAUAAAUAUACUGUGUAUGGGAUACCUGAUGGCCUGCUUCCAUUUCAUGCUGUUUGGUGGUAGCCUUCUGUUGAAGCCAGUCCGCCAUGUUCUGAAGCUGUGGGACUAUCUCAUUGUCUACACUGCUUUUGUAAUUACCAUGAAAAACCUUCUUUCGAUUGGGGCCUGUGCCUACUUAGACAAACUGAUGAAGAAUAAUUGUUGGCUCAUCCAGACAUUUAGUAUGUUUUGCACUAUCAAAGGCUACGACCUAACGAUCCCAUCUGAUCAAACGUGUGAAUUGCCGGAAAAUGAAGCUGGAAUUGUAUGGGAUGCGAUCUGUUUUACAUUCCUGUUGAUCCAGCGUCGUGUGUUCUGCAGCUAUUACUUCCUCUAUGUGGUGGCAGAUGUGAAAGCUUCUAAACUCCUGGCUUCACGAGGGGCAGAGCUAUUUGAAGAGAAAGUUAAGAAAGUAGUGGCUGUUCGUCUAGAAGAGGAGAAGAAAUGUGCCCAGUCAAUGAAAAAACAGAUGGAGAAGAUCAAAUCUAAACAGAAGCAAACACAGGAUGCAAAAGCGAGAAAGGAGAGUGCGGGAGGAGGGGAUGCGUCUGAAUCAUCCAAAGAUAAAGAUGAUGGUGAAAAAAGAGACAAGGAUGGAAAAAAGAAAUGGUGGCAGCCCUGGGUAACUCACACAACAAUGGUUCGUAGUGGCAGCUAUAGCCUAUUUGAUACAGACAGUGAAGAUGAAGAGGAAGAAGCUGGAGAAGAAAAUGGCAAAGGGAAAAGGGAAGAGGAGCCUCCAAAAAAGAAGACAGCGUUUCAGCUAGCGUAUGAAGCAUGGACCACAAGUUCUAAAUCUGCAUUGAACCUACGGAGGAACGAUGAGCAGACCAUGCGAGAGCAGAUCCGCAAAGAGAUGGAGAAACAACAACCAGAUGGGAAACAAGAGGAACUCCAAAAAGAGGAAUCACAGACUGAAAGUCAGGAUGAUACUGUCGAUGGGCCAGAGAAUAUUGUUCAGAGGGUCAUCAAUAUCUUGAAGUUUUCCUGGGUCUUCAUCCAAGCUCUUACAGAUGACACCAUUGAAACUCUCAACUCUUUCUGUAAAAAUAGUGUGGACAUUGCCACCGUCCUGAGACUAGAGCGCUGCAUGUUACAAAAGAACCUGGACAGGGGUAAAGAAGCCUCUCAAGAAAGUAUAUCUGAGUACUACAAAGCCAAGCAACUUUCCAGGACUCAUACCUUGUCCAGUGAGGAGAAUGAUGACCAAGUUUCUUGUACAAGAGAAGAGACUCUUCAGUCCAAGAGGUUGGAAGUCUGUAAGAUCCUCAGUGUUGAUUCGCAGCAGUCUCAGGACAGUUUUGUCUCCAGCUGUCCCACAGAGGAUAUCGUUUUGUCCUUUGAAGACCCUGCUGGCCCCAUUGAAACUCCAAAAGAUAGAAAACCCAGACGUAUGAUUGCCUUCGACGCAAAUUCUGUUGAAAGUUUGGAUUCCAGUCACGACUUACAUGAAGAUGGCAGAUUGGAGUUGGGUCAGGAAGAUGAAGACUAUGAAGGGGAUGCAGAAAUGACAGAAACAAGAACAGAUUUCCCACCGUCCUAUAGUACAGUUAUUUUAAAGGAUGAACUGCAUUCCGAAGGACUAGAUGAGAGCAGCAGGCCACUGGCGGAUGUUCCACAGCUUUUAACUGCUAGCGAACUGCUACUGAACAACAUGUAUGAUGAUGAAGAGCUGGAAAAGUCUGACAGGUUUUAUCAGAGUCUCCCGCGCCCACUGCGCCUUGUCUUCGCUCUCUACAACACCGUUGUGUCAAAGUCUGAAAUGCUUUGUUAUUUUGUCAUCAUUCUCAAUCACAUGGUGUCGGCAUCCAUUCUGUCCUUGAUUCUACCCAUUCUUAUUUUCCUGUGGGCAAUGCUGUCUGUACCAAGACCCACAAAACGUUUUUGGAUGACAGCCAUCAUCUAUACUGAGAUUACUGUUGUCAUCAAGUAUUCUUUCCAGUUUGGCUUUUUUCCAUGGACAUCUACAGUGUACAGGAGCAUGAAUACAGAUAAACCGUUCCGGCUUCCAAACAUAAUCGGCAUUGAAAAGAAAGAUGGCUAUGUACUCUUUGACCUUAUACAGCUUCUUGCCCUUUUCUUGCAUCGGUCUAUCCUCAAAUGCCAUGGUCUAUGGGACAAUAAGGAAGUCUCUCUACCAGAGUCCAAAAAGAAGAAGAAGACUAGGAGGCAAAAAAAACGAGGGAGUAAAGGAGAAGAUGAUACCGACUCUGGGAUGGUUCCAUGGCAUCUUUUUAAACAUCAGAAUGCGCCAAAGAAUGUCUUCAGAAAAAGGAGAGCUUCACAAAAAACAGUGGUUGAAGGUACCCCUCAGAAGAAAGACAAUAAGAGGAAGUGGAACUGCUUCAGACGUAACCCAAAAAAGAAACGUCAGUCGAUAAAGGAAAGGUUAAAGCAGCAGUGGAUCAAACUGAAGAAACUGGCCGUGAAAAUAGCUCUGCAGAUCUACCUGCCCAUCCGACAGUUCUUCUAUGACAUUAUACACCCAGAGUAUAGCCCAGUGUGUGAUGUCUAUGCUAUUAUGUUCCUGGUCGAUGUCAUUAAUUUUAUCAUUGUCAUCUUUGGAUACUGGGCAUUUGGGAAACAUUCUGCUGCAGCAGAUAUCACCGAAUCUCUGUCUGAGGAUCAGGUACCAGAGGCCUUUCUGGUUAUGCUUCUACUACAGUUUGGCACCAUGAUUGUUGACAGAGCCAUCUACUUGCGAAAGACAAUGUUUGGAAAGUGCGUCUUCCAGGUUGUCCUAGUGUUUGGAAUUCAUUUCUGGAUGUUUUUUAUCCUUCCUGGAGUUACUGAAAGGAGAUUUAACACAAAUCACGUGGCUCAAUUGUGGUACUUUGUAAAAUGCGUGUACUUCGGUCUGUCUGCUUACCAGAUCAAGUGUGGCUACCCCAACAGAGUUCUCGGAAACUUCCUAACAAAGAGUUACAACUGCAUCAACCUCUUCCUAUUCCAGGGUUUCCGUAUGGUACCUUUCCUAACUGAGAUGAGGGCUGUCAUGGAUUGGAUAUGGACAGAUACCACACUCAGUCUGUCGAGCUGGAUAUGUGUAGAGGAUAUUUAUGCUAAUAUUUUCAUUAUGAAGUGCUGGCGGGAGUCUGAGAAGAAAUACCCAGAACCCCCAGGUCAGAAAAAGAAAAAGAUUGUGAAAUAUGGGAUGGGUGGAGUCAUUAUUUUUGCCUUGAUCUGCAUUGUCUGGUUCCCAUUACUCUUCAUGUCUCUGGUGAAGUCCGUGGCCGGUGUUACCAAUCAACCCCUGGAUGUUUCUAUUCAGAUCAGCAUUAGUGGCUAUGAGCCACUUUUCACUAUGAGUGCUCAACAACAAAACCUGGUGCCCUAUUCUCAGGCAGCCUAUGAUGAACUGACAUAUAGAUAUGCCUUACACCCUUCUGCAAUGCAGUUCAUUGUUAACUACAUGCCUGAGGACAUUGUCACUGCCAAGAUAAAGAGUAAUGCCAGCCUGCUCUGGACCAUAAGUCCAGCAAGCCGUGAGGCCAUGAUAGAGGAGCUGUCAGAGUCUACCCAGAUAUACUUUGACAUUCACUGGAGCAUCCGCAGGAAUGCAUCUAUUGUAAAAAGUGCAGAGAGUUUUGGGAAGCACACCGUAUGCUAUGAGGAUACAGAAACCAGGGACCAUAUAGUCCAGAUGCUGAAAGGAGAAAGGAAGGAGCCAGUAAUGCUGAAGAAUAUUUUGCCAAAACACCUUAGAGCAAAUUCGGGACCUGAAGCAAAAAUUGCUCACCGACUUCAGACAGACUAUUCCGAUAAGGCAGAAGAUGUCCAGAAGUAUGCUUUCUUCCGUAAUUUAACCCUAAAACUACAGAAGCUGUCUGUGAACGACACUACGAGUCAAGUGACAGAGUGGUGGCUGAUUCAGGAGUGGAGCCCAGCGUGUGGCCCAGUUGGCUGCAGCCAGAACAUUGAACUUUUGAUAUACAAUGAUAAAGCUAGUCCACAGAGUCUUGGAUUUCUGGCUGGAUAUGGCAUUGUUGGUCUUUACAUGUCAGUCGUCCUGGUCAUUGGCAAAUUCAUCCGAGAAUUCUUCAAUGGCAUCUCCCGGUCCAUCAUGUUCGAAGAGUUACCCAAUGUUGACAGGAUACUAAAGCUCUGCACCGACAUCUUCCUAGUCAGAGAAACUGGAGACCUAGAUCUGGAGGAGCAACUGUUUGCUAAACUGAUCUUCCUAUAUCGCUCUCCUGAAACUAUGAUAAAAUGGACAAGAGAACGGCACGACGAGUAAUUUCUAAAGGACAUUUUUGGUGUAAAUAAGUAUACAACCAUGUCUGAUGUUCAGUCUAUGCUGCUGUAAUUCAUCUUAAGGAAAUGAAUUUGUAUAAUGCUAUAAAUAAACCUGAAUAGUUUAUAGAAGACAUGACAAGUGUUUAGUGACAA